AUGACCAAAACGAUCCUGUCCGUCAACGCAGGCUCGUCCUCGGUAAAGAUCAACUUCUAUGCCAUGGAGAAGCCUCCCAGGGCAAUCGCAGACGCUGAGGUCUCGGGCAUCACGGCCCCGCCGCAGAAGCUCAAGUACCGGACGAGCACGAGCGAGAAGAAGGAGGAGCUGCGGGAGAGCCUGAACACGCCGCCAGCCGCGUUCAAGUUCCUGCUGCAGCGCUGCCUGUCCGAUCCCGAGCUGUCGGAGGUGGCCAGCGUCGAGGAUCUGGCGUAUAUCUGCCACCGCGUGGUGCAUGGGGGGGACUAUCCGGAUGCGAUUGAGAUCAACGAGGAGACGUAUCAUCAUCUGAAGAUGAUUGAGGAUCUUGCUCCGCUGCACAACUACUCCGCCCUCGAGAUCAUCCGCACGUGCAUGCAGGAGCUCGUCCACGUGAGGAACAUCGCCUACUUCGACUCGGCCUUCCACAAGACCCUGCCCAAACACGUCCGGACGUACCCGAUCAACCAGGAGAUUGCCACAACGAAGGGGUUGCGCAAGUAUGGCUUCCACGGCAUCAGCUAUUCGUUCAUCCUCCGCUAUGUGGCGGAGUACCUGGGCAAGCCCCAGGAUAGCACCACUCUGAUCGUGCUGCAUCUGGGAAGCGGGGCGUCCAUGUGCGUCAUCCGCGAUGGAAAGUCGAUAGACACGACUCUUGUGUUCCACUAUACCAGCAACGCCAGCAGUUUGAGUCCUUCGAGCACCACAGAAAUGCACAUCAGCGCGGCAGAAGAAAUCCUCAACAAACAAUCCGGAUGGAAAGUCCUCACGGGCACGACGGACUUUUCGCAGAUCGCAGUCGAGAGCCCGCCGUCGGAGAACCACAAACUAGCCUUUGACAUCGUCGUCGACCGCAUCAGCGGCUUCGUGGGGAACUACUUCGUGAAAGUCGACGGCCAGGUAGACGCGAUGGUGUUUGCCGGGGGAAUUGGCGAGAAGAGCGCCCUGCUGCGACAAGCUGUCGUCCAGCAGUGUCGGUGUCUGGGGUUCGCGAUCGAUGCGACCAAGAACGGGCAGGGCGCGGCGAGCAAGGCGACGGUGACGGAGAUCUCGAAGGAGCCAGGAAGAGGUCCGCGGGUGUUGAUAUGUCAGACGAAUGAGCAGUUUGAAAUGGCCUAUCAUACGGUCAACAAGUCGAUGAAACAGGAUGGUCUUUGA